AUGAAAUAAUAGAAUUUGUUUACGUGUUAAGAUAUUGCACAUGAAGGAGAAGUUAUUUAAGGAUUUUGUUUAAAUUUGGGAUGCUAAGAUUUAAGAUCUUAGUUUUGUCUUUAAUGUGGAUUUGAUCCUAAAAAACAUACUAAUUGUAAGAAAGAUCUAAAAGGAUUUUGUUAAAUUUAGAGUUUUAUCACUAAAUUCAAUUAGUAUAUACUUGAUUUGAAUAUCUAAUUAAAUAAAUCCUAUUCAUCAAUCAAAACAAAAUAUGAAGAAUUCACAAAAUAUUUGGAUAAUAUGAAAAUAUAAUUACUUAAGAUAUCUGAAGAUUUAAAUUAAUAAGAUUAUAAAUAAAUCAAAGAUAAUUUGUAAAUGUUAAAGGAAUGGUAUUAAUAUUCAAAUAAUCAAGAAGAGAUCAUGAAGUAGAAUUAAAUUGGUAUUUUAUCAUUAGUAAUAUUUAUAGGAACUUAAUUACUUAGUAUAAAAAGAAUGAUCGAAACUUUGGAUUAAGACAACAAAUAAUAAUAAUAAAUUAAAAGUAUAUAUCAAGAUAAUCAAAUAACACUUGAAUAAGGUAUUUAAUUUAUUCAAAAUUAAAUUAGGAAUAGAAUUACUAAAUUAACAAAAAUGGGAGGAAGCUAAUGAAAAAAUAACUUAAAAUUUAAAAUUAUUAGAGAAACAAUCAUCAUUUGCAACAUUUUUUUAAGGUUAUCACAAAUUAUGUAUCUAAUUAAUUAAGGUAUUUCUUUAAUUGAAAUGAAUCAAUUUGGAAAAGGAAUUAGAAUGAGAGAAUAAGCCAAGAAGAUUAAUAAUAACUUAUAUAGAGAUUUAUUGGUGUAUUCAGAUUUGGAACUUAAGAAAAAUCCAAAAAAUAAAUUUAUUUUAAUUGCAAAAAGUUAAAAUAUUCAAUUAUUUUUACAGGCUAUGCAUUAGAUGAUGAAAAGAAAUAUCAAAUAGCCAUUGAGUAAUGCGAAUAGGUUUUAAUAGAAGAACCUAAACAUCUCCAUGCAUUGUAUAGAAAAAGUAAACAUUUAUUUUUUUAAAUAGGUUUUGAUUUAUCAAAUUUGAAGGAAAAUUCAUAAGCGAUUUAAUGCAUUGAUAUUGCUUUAAAUUAUGAUUCUAAAUAUAUUGUUGGAUAUAACAGAAAGGGUAUAUUAUUAGUUUAUGAUUGGAAUAGGUUUAUCCUUAGAUAUUCUCGGAAAAUAUAAUGAUGCAAUAGUUUAUUAUGACAAGGCAAUCCAACUAGAUUCUAAUGAUGCAUUGACUUAUUAUAAUAAGGGUUAUUAAUUAAUUUAUUGUAAUAGGUAUAUCAUUAGAUAAUCUUAAAAAAUAUAAUGAUGCAAUAGUUUGUUAUGACAAGGCAAUCAAACUGGAUCCUAAUUUUGCAUUUACUUAUAACAAUAAGGGUUAUUAACUAAUGUAUUUUAAUAGGUAUAUCAUUACAUAAUCUUGAAAAAUAUAAUGAUGCAAUAGUUUGUUAUGACAAGGCAAUCCAACUAGAUCCUAAUUUUGCAUAGGCUUAUAAUAAUAAGGGUUAUUAAUUAAUUUAUUGUAAUAGGUAUAUCAUUACAUAAUCUUGAAAAAUAUAAUGAUGCAAUAGUUUGUUAUGAAAAUGUAAUCCAACUAGAUCCUAAUUAUGCAUAGGCUUAUAAUAAUAAGGGUUAUUAAUUAAUUUAUUGUAAUAGGUAUAUCAUUAAAGAAUCUUUGGAAAUAUAAUGAUGCAAUAGUUUUUUAUGACAAGGCAAUCUAAUUGGAUCCUAAUUAUGCAUUGGCUUAUAAUAAUAAGGGUUAUUAAUUAAUUUAUUGUAAUAGGUAUAUCAUUAAAGAAUCUUGGGAAAUAUAAUGAUGCAAUAGAUUGUUAUAAUAAGGCAAUCUAAUUGGAUCCUAAUUAUGUAUAGGCUUAUAAAAAUAAGGGUUAAUUAUUUGUUUAUUUUAUAGGUGCUUUACUAUCUGAUUUGAAGAAGUAUUAAUAAGCUAUUGAGAAUUACGAGCAAGCACUUUUGUAUUGCAAACAAGACCAAAAUGAAUUUAAUAAAUUAAUUAUGGAAUUAAGAUAUAAGAGAUGA